AUGGGCCUUAUAGAAAACAACAACAACCCCACCGCCCCCACCACCAGCAGCAGCAGCACGAUUGCUGCUGCUGCUCCUGCAGCAGCAGCAGCACCAGCAGCAGCAGCAGCAGCAGCAGCAGCAGCAGGUGGAGGAAAGCAGCAGCAACCGAAGCAGAGCAGCAGCAAGUCUGGUUCUAAGAGCAGCAGAACCAGCACCACAACCACCACGACAACCACAGCCACAACAACCAUCACCAGCAGCAGCAGCAACAGCAGCAGCAGCAGCAGCAGCAGCAGCAGCAGUAUAAAUAAAUACAGCAGCAGCAACGGGCUAGAUAAAUAUAUUCAGUGGCUGGAUGCUAUCCACACUGCAUGCACAAAGCUAGACGAACUCUGCAGCAAACUAGAUAUACACUUCCCCAACGCAACAAAGCAAUGGGAGGAGACAACCCCAGGCAUCAGGGGGGCCCGUUGUUUGUUUUAUAGGGGUGGUGGGGGCCCCCAUAGUACGAGUAGUGUUCUUGCUGCUGAUGAUGCUGCUGCUGCUGCUGCUGCUGCUGAUGCUAGAGCUGUUGCUGCAGCAGAUAUACAUCAGCAGCAAAUGCUGCAGCAGCAACAACUUGUUAUGCAUCAGGCUGCUGAUGAAAUCUAUCAUACUUCUACGUCUAGAAAGAGACAAAGAAGAGAAGCAGCAGCAACAGCUUACUGGGAGAUUAUACUGCUGCUGCAGCAGGGGCUGGGUUGUCUAUGUGUAGUGGUGCUGCUGCUGCUGCUGCUGAUGGUCUGCUGCAGCAUGUGGGUGGUGUUUCUGUUGGUGGGGUUGUUGUUGGUGGUGAUGGUGGGUGUUUAUCUGGGUUGUAUAGCAUGCAUGGCGGUGCAGCAGGAAGCAGCAGCAACAGCAGCAACAGCAGCAGCAGCAGCAGCAGCAACAACAGCAACUGCGCAGCAACAGCAGCAGCAACAGCAGCAAACAAAUGUAUGA